GAGCUCUUACUCAUGGGCAGCUAUCUCGGCAAGCCCGGCCCCCCUCAGCCUGCCCUAGCGCAGGACCCCAGGGACAGGCCCGGCCGCCGCCCACCCUCUCGCUCCCCGCCGCCGACGUCGGCGGCCCAGCGAGUCCACCAUGUCUACCCCGCGCUCCCCACCCCACUCUUACGAGCCUCUCGGAGGCUGCCCCACCGAGAUUGUGGAUCUUUAUCCAAUCGGUUCGUUAUAACACCUCGAAGACGGUAUCCCAUUCAGCAGGCCCAGUAUUCCUUGCUUGGGUCUCUGCCAACAGUGUGCUGGAAUGGUGGUCACAAGAAGGCAGUGCUAUCUGCACGGAACUCGAGGAUGGUGUGUAGCCCAGUGACUGUGAGGAUUGCCCCUCCAGACAGCAAAUUACUUCGCUCGCCAGGGCCAGAGCAGAUUCUCAACACAACGCUGUCCUCACCAUCAAGUAAUGCCCCAGAUCCUUGUGCGAAGGAGACUGUGCUCAGCGCCCUAAAAGAAAAAAAGAAAAGGACAGUGGAGGAAGAAGACCAGCUACAUCUCGAUGGCCAGGAAAACAAGAGAAGGCGCCAUGAUAGCAGUGGGAGCGGGCAUUCAGCAUUCGAGCCCCUUGUGGCCAACGGAGUCCCUGCUGCAUUUGUGCCUAAGCCUGGCUCCCUGAAGAGAAGUCUGGCUUCUCAGAGCUCAGAUGACCACUUGAACAAACGGUCUCGUACUUCCUCUGUGAGCUCCCUGACUAGUACAUGCACAGGAGGCAUCCCCAGCUCCAGCCGCAAUGCCAUCACCAGCUCCUACAGCUCCACCCGUGGCCUCUCACAGCUGUGGAAGAGGAGUGGUCCCACUUCAUCCCCCUUUUCCAGCCCAGCUUCCUCCCGCUCCCAGACACCAGAGAGGCCAGCUAAGAAAACAAGAGAGGAGGAGCCAUGUCCCCAUUCCUGUUCUUCAGCUCCCUUGGUAACAGACAAGGAGUCCCCAGGAGAAAAGGUUACAGAUACAGCCACUGGGAAGCAGCAGAACUCUUGGACUUCCCCACCCACACCUGGCAGCUCUGGGCAACGCAAACGCAAAAUUCAAUUGCUACCCUCCCGGCGAGGGGACCAGCUCACCCUGCCACCACCCCCUGAGCUAGGCUAUUCCAUCACUGCGGAAGACCUGGACAUGGAGAGGAAAGCCUCACUGCAGUGGUUUAACAAGGUCUUGGAGGACAAGAUAGAUGACGCCUCCACCUCAGCCACUGAAACCCCACCUGCUGCCAAUCCUCCAUUCACAUUCACCCUGCCUGCUGCGGUAGGGCCUGCCGCCUCACCAGCCUCCCUCCCAGUGCCUAUGCCUAGCUCUAACCCGCUGUUGGAGAGCUUGAAGAAGAUGCAGGACUCUCCAUCUCCAGCCCCACCAUCCUCAGAGCCUACUGCAGCAGCAACUACUGCGGCCCCUUCGCCUCUGAAGACACCCAGCCUCCUGACCCCUCUUGUCUCACCUUUGACAGGGCCGUUGGCCAGCACCUCAUCAGACUCCAAACCUACAGCCACCUUCCUGGGGCUGGCCCCUGCUUCAUCUGCAACACCACUCACUGACACCAAGUCCCCCGGAGUCCCUCAGGCUGAGCAGGCUGUCAGCACUCCAGCCUCCACGGCUCCCUCCCCCACCCCGAAGCCCAGCAUGCUAUUUGGGAUGCUGAACCCACCUGCCACUUCCUCCCUUGCCACGACUGGCCCAGCUUGUUCUCCCAUGUUCAAGCCCAUUUUUAUGACCACACCUAAAAGUGAAACUGAUAGCCCCUUGCCAUCUAGCUCCCCAGCCACCACUACAACAACUUCACCCAGCACCACCCUCCCCACAACAGCAAGUACCACAGCUCCCACUUUCAAGCCCAUUUUUGACAGUGUGGAGCCAAUUACAUCCAUGCCCCUGUCAGCCCCCUUCUCCCUGAAGCAGACGACUGCUACAGCCACCACUACAGCCACACCAGGCCCUCUCUUCACUGGCCUGGCCACUGCUACCUCCACAGUGGCCUCUGGUACCACAGCUUCUGCCUCAAAGCUUGUGUUUGGCUUUGGAGUGACCACUGUGGCCAGCACUGCCAACAGUACCAUGACUUCCACCUCCCAGCCACUUCUGUUUGGGGGAGGCCCUUCUGUCACUACUGCCGGCUCUGCCCCACCCCUGUCCUCCAUCUUCCAGUUUGGCAAGCCCUCUGCCACAGCAGCAUCUGCAGCCAGCACCUCCUUUACCCAGUCCCUUGCCAGCUCUGCCCAGACAGCGGCCAGCAGCAGCAGCAGCACUGGUGGCUUCAGUGGCUUUGGCGGGACCCUGGCCACCUCCACCUCAGCCCCUUCCACUACCAGCCAGCCCACACUGACCUUCAGCAGCACUGUCACUCCUGCCUUCAACAUUCCCUUUAGCUCUGGUGCCAAGCCUGCACUCCCAACAUACCCUGGAGCCAACCCACAGCCCACGUUUGGAGCCACUGAGGGGGCCACCAAGCCAGCACUUGCCCCAAGUUUUGGCAGCUCUUUCACUUUUGGCAACUCUGUGGCUGCAGCCCCGUCAGCAGCCCCAGCACCAGCCACCUUUGGCAGCGCUGCACAACCGGCUUUCGGCGGGUUGAAAGCCACAGUCUCCACCUUUGGCACCCCUGCCAGCACGCAGCCAGCUUUCGGUAGCACCACGUCUGUGUUCUCCUUUGGUUCAGCUACCACCUCUGGCUUUGGUGCCACCACGCAGACCACCCACAGUGGGAGCAGCAGCUCUUUGUUUGGCAGCUCUACUCCAUCCCCAUUCACAUUCGGUGGCUCAGCAGCUCCUGGCAGCGGAGGCUUUGGGCUUGGUGCUACUCCAGGCACCAGCUCCACCUCUGGAACUUUCAGCUUUGGAUCUGGACAGAGUGGGGCCACAGGCACCACCACCUCUUUUGGGGGAAGCCUGAACACCCUGGGCACAUCCAACCAGAGCUCACCCUUCGCCUUCAAUGUGGGCAGUACGCCUGAAAGCAAGCCUGUGUUUGGAGGCACGCCCACACCCACUUUUGGGCAGAGUGCCCCUGCCCCUGGAGUAGGCACCGCAGGCAGCAGCCUCUCGUUUGGGGCCUCCUCAACACCUGCCCAAGGCUUUGUUGGAGUCGGACCUUUCGGAUCAGCGGCCCCUUCGUUUUCCAUUGGCGCGGGAUCCAAGACCCCAGGGGCUCGACAGCGACUUCAGGCCCGAAGGCAGCAUACCCGCAAGAAGUAGUAGCCUGCCUCUUGUCUCUGCUCCCCCAUUCCUUGCCUGAAUCUGGACCUCAGCACCUGCUAGGAAGAGCCUCUGACCCUUCGAAUUCCAUAGCAAACCUAGCCCAUCACCAGGGCAGAAGUGGCAGCCUGGCCCUUUCUGUUCUAGAGAAAGUGGGUGCCCCAGGGAGGGGCAGAAGCCCAAUACUUUACUUGAGCAGUCACACUGGUGAGGCUGGAGAACUGGAGAAACAUCUGUACAUAUUGUCCUCUUGCUGCCCCAGCGAUUGUUUAAUGUGUAGCCUAGGCGGCCAUCCCCUCUCGAGCACCACUUGGAUCCCUAGCAUACCUUGUGUAGGAUGGGGGAAUGGAGUAUCCCUGAGCUUUGCCUGCUUGGCUUGGCCAUAAGAAGUGGUCUCUUCCUCUGGUUCCUUCAGGGUCUCUCCUCAUUUCUUGCUGCUUUGUCCUUCACCUGUCUGUCCUCUGAGAUUCACUCCUUUUUAAAGGGCAGUGAAUCUUGCUUUGCCUUGGAGACCCCAGUGGGCGCUGCUCGCCUCUUCUUCCAAGUGUAUUUAUCUCCAGCCUUCCGCCAGUCCAGCCUCCAUAAAGGUGGUGGCUCAGGACUUAGCCUGGCAGAGCCAGGGGAGAAGUUUGCUCCAGGAAGUCCUGGGGCAGGCAGACUGCCCACCACUGCUUCUAGCUGCCUCUUCACCUGCCCGACACCCCACGGGCCACUUUGCCUCUUCGGGAUUGUAUUUUCCAAGCCUUGUAUUGUGUUUGUCUGAUGUUAAUGUGUGUUGCUCCUUGAAUCGAGUUUGGAGGAAGAAUUGAAUUGUAUGUGUGGCGGCAUGUUGGUAAUGCCGGACUUAAUGUCGCCUGGGCCCUCUUAGGCCUAGCUAAUUGAAUGCUGAAAGUGGCACCGCGUGACAGCCACAGUGCUGACUCCUGAAUUCUCAAUAGUGUUUUUUUGACUUAAGGGCUGGCAGCCCAGGGGAUGGAGCCUAUGGGAGCAAAGACUUCCCUCUGUUGGUCCUCCCCCACGUAACAGGCAAGGGCAUCUUCUGCCUGUGUUUGGAGUUUUAGAUUAAUGGACUACACUUUUAAGUUUCUUAUUUGUUUUCCCAAAAGGGUCCUUCCUAGCUUUUCUCUUUCCUUUCCAAAAACCACACCCUUAGGCCCCAGAGCCUGGCUGCCAUGCCCAUCCUCUUUGGGAGAAGUAUGAAUGCGUGUGUCUAAAUUAAAAGAAAAAAAAUAUUUAAACGUUUUUUAACAAAAUAAAAAUUUAUUUUUAUAUUUAAGCUAAAUUGCCUUUUAAAUUCCUUCAAGCUUGGUUCACUGAGGUGGUUAAGUAUAAAUGCUAUUGAAUAGUAGGAAUUAGCUGUAUAGUUAUGCCUGUGUGAAGGAGGGGCUCAUGGCUGUCCCCAGCAGCUCUGCUAAGGGGGCAGAGCUCCUUCUGGACAUGUUGUAUAAGUGUGAGUCUUACUUUAUAAACAAUGUGAUGUAGCUAUAACUGGUCCCUUACCUUUGUGACUGGCAGGGGUUAGACUGGGUUGUAUGGAGCUGGGGAGAGCUGGACCUCAAGUCCCAAAUGCCUGUAGGGAUGGGGAUAGGUGGUGGGGAUCUUCACAGGAAGCCUCUACUUGUGCCUCAGGUAAGGAAGGGGCCUCCCUGCAAUUCAGUCUGAGCUAAUUACCUCAGCUCCACAGCAGGCCUGCAUCCAGGGCCCCUGAAGAGGCGUCCUGGCAUAGCCUCGGUGUGUGAGCACAUUUGUCCGUGCUCACGCUGGACAGGGACAGGGAGGCUAGGGCUUCCCACUACAGACAGACUGAGUUCCUGUGAGCGUAGCUGAGAUUUUUAGUAUGAAUGUGAGAUUGUUCUUGCUUAUGUCAUUAAAAAUAAAACUGUGAUCUGUCAUA